AUGUGUAUGCUAUUAGAAGUAUAUGUUAUCUUCGCUAUCUUGACAGAGUUUACUUCGGUCUUAGCAUCAAAUUCGCCAGGCGAAGGUACAGGACAAAAAGCUCAUUUUUCUUUGGAAGAUACACCGGGUUCAUUUACCGUUCAUGCGAAUAAAAUCUUGGCAAAAGUUUCAUCAAAACCAGACUCAAUUAAAGUCAUCGUUAAACCAGGAAUGGCUGAGUUCCCGGUACCGCAAUUGCCGACACAAAAGCCGUUAGUUCAUGUCGUUUCGCCCGCUAUAGUCAGGCCAGUUGGCGGAUGGAAUUUUAUGAGCUUUGGUCGGAGGAAACGGUCAAGAAUCGAAAAUGGAAAAGAAAGUUCGUUGGGAGAGAGUGGUGAAGGAGAUGGAAAGCGUAAACAUUUUGGAAAGAAUCUUUUUAAAAGAUCAAGGAUUCAUUCUGGUUAUUCUACCGUUAGAAAAUAUAUUAUCAAUCCAGAGAAACUAGGGAAUAUACGGUCGAAAAUUGAAAAGGAAACGAAGGGGAAUUCGUUGAAGAGUUUUGGUGAAGUAGAUGGAAAUCAUAAACAUUUUGGAAGGGAUCCUUUUAAAAGAUUAAGGCGAAAAAAUACCGUCAGAAAAUCUCUAGUUAAACCAAGAAAAGGGAAUAAACAGACUAGAUUUAAAAACAUCAAUAUUGCAAAAAGAUUUGGACAGGUAAAUAGACUACAUAGAAGAUUAGACAUUCAUUGGAAUUCCAGGAAAUUCAAGCAAGUUAAAUUAGGAAAUGGUCAUGUGAGAUCAGGACAAAAACGAGAGUCGAUUGAAAGAAAUAUGAAAGUGAAGGGUGGAGCAGGGAAAUUCAACCUACAUGUUGAUAAAAAACUGACGAAUGUGUCAAGCUCUACUGGAGGAGUGGAAAUUUUUAUAAAGAAUCCAUCGCCAAAGCAAAUAUCGCAACUACCGCGAGAAAUGUUACAAUUACCGGGUGCGAUGUUACAAUUACCCAAUGGAAUGUCGCAAUUAUACAGCGGAAUGCCGCAAUCACCUGUACCAGUAUCGCAAAAUCCUACAAGAAUAUCUCAGCUGCCCAAAGAAAAGCCUUGGGUAUUAGUUAGGUUGCCUUACGAUUGGACUGGUGCGUCAAAUCAGGACGAUGAUGAGUGA